UGGCGUUUAAUUUCACUACUUGUAGUUCAGAGCCGCAACAAAAGUGAAAUCUCGCUCAUUUAUUUGAGUUAUGGAUUCUGGAAGAGAAGCUCAGCAUUCAAGAAGCAAUUCAGAGGGAAAUGGAAGCAUAACAAGUGAUCCAAAGGCCGCGCCAAGCGACGACAUGGUUUCACAACCACCCAACAUGUCCUCUUCUGUUGGUUCCCCUUUUUCCUUAGACUACCCAUCAGGGGAAUUCAUCCAACUUGAUCCAGACUUGAUUUUCGAGUGUGCUUCUGUAUCGCUUCACGAUGUUUCUUACAAUUCCGUUUCUAGUGAGGCCUCUUCCAAAUCAGAACAGCAUGAUAGUGGGUGCUCUACGGUUGGUACUUCGCCGGUUUCUUCUGAUCUCACCCAUGAACCUGCCGUACUGCUUAGAAAACCACUGACACAAUCUCCUCCAGUCCAAGUUAUGGAGAGGUCUGCAGCAACUAGUUACGAUCCUAAUAGAAUUCCAUCUUGUGUUUUUGAGAGUAGUAAAUCGCCUUCAUCAUUUGCAUGGAGCGAUGCUUCUAAUGAGUCACUGUUCAGCAUUCAGAUCGGGAACAAUGCAAGUUACUCCAGGGAGAAUGUUCUAAAGUUUUUGCACAAAUCUGGAGAAUUGCGCGACUCUGUAGGACAAUCGUACAAGUCAAUUGAGACGACCAGUUCCAGUCCGUCCAAUCUAGCUAUACAACAAGGAAGGGAAUGUGACAGAAAAUACCUGAACACGAAAAUAAAGUUCAAUGAAUCAGUAGCAGGAGGAGCAGACAGAAAAAUUGAUGAUGAGGAUGCUGAUCAAGUACUGGGAGCUUCCAUUGCUGAUCAAAGCAAAGAGGAUAGAAUAGCUCAAGAGCCAUCCGUGGCACAAAACUCGUAUCAGAGUGCAUCCAACAGGCAAUCCUCUGUCGUUUCCAAGUGAGUUUAAUUUCUUUUUUUUUAUAUAUGCAUCAGCA